GACUGCUGUAAGCUGCAUUAGGGUUCGUUGGCGGUUUCGUGCUGGGUGGUUUUCUGCUAUGAAUAAGGAGCUCUGUGUGCUUAAUAAUGCUUAAGACACAGAGCAAUGUGACCUGAAAAAGAUGCCAGUAAUUACUUGGUGAGCAGAGUGGGUGAGAAGCCAGGCUCAUUAGCGUCAGAGGAACUUUCUUAGUCCUACUGGGAAUGGCAUAGUCAUUCAGUACAUCUGCUCUAAUGUAAUCAAUUAGGUUUCCUUUUUUGUUGUUAAUGCAGUAGCUUGGAUAAGUUUUGUCAUUGGAGCUCUUAUAGAUUUGAUUGAAUAGUAUUUCUGUUCUGGUGAGGUGGUCAGCUUGGCUGUUUGUGGAACAAAGGACAAACAAUACAUACACAUGCACCUUACACAGCAAUCACUGGCAUUAUUCGACUCUAGAGCACUACUACUACUGUUCUGCUGCGCUGUUCUGCUGUGGAUACAGAAUCAGUGCAGCAUUGAGGAGACUGGAGGAUAGAGAUAGAAAGUGUGUGUGUGGAUGGGCAUGCGCAUGCGCUGCACAUACACUCUCAGGUGGAGAAGAGAGCAGUAAAUGAAGCCUGUGUAGGAGAGGCCCAGCAGGAAUUAAUAGCUUAAGUCUGUACGAGUGACACUCUCCGUCUAUCAGCUUUGAUCCCCCCUGCUCUGAAGUGACCUUGCUUAAACUGGCUGCUGCUUACACAGGCUGCUCGAGCAGCGGCCAUAGCACACACACCUGUGCUGCGGAAUGGACGGAUAUCAAACCAUCCCGUCCAGGUGCUGUGCUUGCGGCAGACGGGCACAGGACACCUCCUACUCCGUGGUGCGAAUCUCAACCGGUGAGAUGGAGUCCUUUCACCGCUUUCUGGAUGCAUGCCAGGAGACCAAGUCCGCCACCAGGAGAAAUGAGAUUAUGCAACAAGAGAUAAGGCCUCUGCUGGCCGUGGACAUCAUUGAACAGCUUCAUCGGCAGUUUGCCCUGCUGUCAGGAGGUAGAGGACAGGAUGGUGCCCCAAUCAUCACCUUCCCAGAAUACUCUGGCUUUAAUGAGCUUCCUGAGGAGGACUUCAUUAACGUAGUCACGUAUCUGACCAGCAUACCCAGUCUGGAUGCGGCCAGUAUUGGUUUCAUAAUUAUCAUUGACCGCCGACGGGACAAAUGGAGCUCAGUGAAGGCCUCGCUUGCUCGGAUAGCGGGGGCAUUCCCAGGCAACUUGCAACUAGUUCUAGUGCUGAGGCCCUCACGUUUCUUCCAAAGAACCAUUGCUGACAUUGGCAUCCGGUUACACCGGGAUGAUUUUAAAAUGAAGGUACCGAUUGUCAUGCUGAAUUCCCUUUCUGAUCUGCAUCGUUACGUGGACAAAGGUCAACUGACAUGUGAAUUAGGGGGCAGUCUACAAUACUGUCACAGUCAGUGGAUCCAUCACCGCACAGCCAUUGAAAACUUUGCUGUGACGGUGAAAACUACAGCCCAAAUGUUACAGAAGUUUGGGACAGACUUAGCAGAAACCGAACUCCCCAAUGAUGUGCAGUGCACCAAGGAGCUGCUGACAGAUCACACAGAAAAACAUGACAAGCUCAAGGAUGAACUAAAGUUAGCAGUGAAACAAGGAAACACUCUGUUAUCAUGUAUCAAAGACCAGGCCAACAAAACAGAAAACCACAAACUAAAUCCGGAUGAAAUGGAAAAUCAAACCACUGUCGAAAGGUUAUUGGCACAAUUGGAUGAGACAGAAAAUGCAUUUGAACAGUUCUGGUCCAAACAUCACCUCAAGUUAGAACAGUGUUUACAGCUCAGGCAUUUUGAGCAAGACUUUAGAGAGGUAAAAGUGUCUCUGGACAGCCUGAUGGAGGCUUUGCUGGAGCUCUCAGACAUUGGGGACUGUGUUGCUCGUGUAACACAGCUGCUGAAAGAACUGAAGAGUCUAGAAGAUAGUGCUCAGGAGUCUUUGGAGAAGGCACAGCUACAUGCCCUGCACGGUGACCAGCUCAUCCAGAGCAACCACUACGCUGUGGACUCUAUCCGGCCGAAAUGCGUGGAGCUGCGCCGCAUUUGUGAUGACUUCAGCAACGAAGCCAAGAAGAAAUAUGACAUCUUGUCCAAAUCACUUGAGAUCCAUACAGGCAUAGACAAGAUUAAUCACUGGUGUGAGAGUGGAGUGUAUCUCCUGGCAUCUCAAGCGGUGGAUAAGUGCCAGUCUCAGGAGGGUGCAGAGGCAGCACUGCAGGACAUUGAGAGGUACAUGGAGACUGCUAAGGAGCAGCAGCUAAGUCAACUCAGAGACCUCUACAACCAACAUGAGAUCAUCCUCUCUGAUCUCAUAAAGACCAAUGUGGAGAAUGCUUUGAAAAGGCUGGAAGAAGUGCACGAGAUGUUUGAGAAGAGACACAUCAGUCUGAAAAGGCUGUCUGCUAAACAGACCAGACCAGUGCAACCUGUGGCCCCUCGCCCGGAAUCUUCACCCAAGCGCCCUUCACCAAAAACCCCACGGCCCCCAGGUUCAACACCAAAUCGCAGAAGCUCAGAGAACAGUUCCAUCAAGCAGCCCACUGAUGCUGAAUUAGCAAGAAAGAAAAACAUCCGUAAAGCUAAAGGAGGCAUCAAGAUUGAAGUUAUGCAUGAAGAAAGCCAAGGGGGUUCCAGCCACAUUCUCGUGACCAGCGAGACAGAGGAGAGCCUGUCUAGCAGGAGGAGACACAUUAUGAAUGAGCUGAUUGAGACUGAGAGACUCUAUGUUGAAGAGCUCCAAAGCAUAAUGGAGGGGUAUGCAGCAGCAUUAGAUAACUCGGAACUAACUCAUUUAAUCCCACUGGCGCUGGAAAACAAGAAGGAUGUCCUCUUUGGCAACCUUGCUGAAAUCUAUGACUUUCACAACAAGACAUUUCUCAAAGAGCUAGAAAACUGUGUGGAGAAACCUGAGUUAGUGGGAACAUGCUUCUUGAAAAGAAAAGAAGAGUUGCAGAUCUAUGAGAAAUACUGUCAAAAUAAACCUCGGUCUGAAGCUCUUUGGAGGCAGUGUGGGGACAGCAUGUUCUUUCAGGAGUGCCAAAAACGGUUGGACCAUAAGCUCUCUUUAGAUGCAUACCUGCUAAAGCCUGUGCAGAGAAUCACCAAGUACCAGCUAAUGUUGAAGGAGAUGCUGAAAUGCAGCAAGAACUCUGAGGGCACAGCAGAAUUAGAGGAAGCUUUGGCCACUGUGCUGGACAUCAUAAAGUCAGUAAAUGAUUCAAUGCACCAGAUCGCCAUCACUGGCUUUGAGGGUAAUCUGAAUGACUUGGGUAAGCUGCUCAUGCAAGGCUCUUUUAAUGUGUGGACAGACCAUAAGAAAGGCCAUAAUAAGGUGAAGGACUUGGCACGCUUCAAGCCCAUGCAGAGACACCUCUUCCUGUACAACAAAAUGAUUUUGUUCUGUAAGAAGCGUGAGGAGACCUCAGAUGGCCAUGAAAAGUCCCCCUCCUACAGUUUCAAACACUCCCUGAAGAUGAGUGCUGUUGGCAUCACGGAGAAUGUGAAAGGAGACGUCAAAAAGUUUGAAAUCUGGUACAAUGGAAGAGAGGAGGUCUACAUAAUUCAGGCUUCCUCCAUGGAUGUGAAGAACAUGUGGGUGUCUGAGAUCCGGAAAGUGUUGACAACCCAGUUGGAGGCAUGCAGAGAGGCAAGCCAGCUCCAUCAAAGGAUCACAGAGAACAUCUACCAUGCUCCCAUGAGGAAUGUGCGCAAAGUGGCCCUCAGGCAAUCAGACUCCUCCAGCCCUGAGAUGGGAUACAGGCGCAGCGACACUGGCCCCAACAUGAGGCAAAAGCGAGCUGAUGCUGCUGCCAAGCUUAGUUCAGACCAAUCCUCGGCUCUGGCUAGAAAGCGUUUCACCUUACAAGGCCUUUCCAAUCGCAGGUCUCUGCCUUCAGAACCAGCACCUAAGGAGGCGGAAGUCACACGCCGCUUCUCUUUAGCCUCCUCCCUCAGUGCCUCCUCCACUACACGCACAAAAGGUCCUCUUUCUACCAGUCUUAAAAGCAAGAGACACCAAAUAAAGAGUGACCCUACACCAUUUGGCUAUGAAGAUUCUUUGCGAGGUGCUCUUCGUGCUGACAGCAAAAAUAAAGGUACAGCAAGUACCAAGCCCAGUGUGCCUAGGUCCUCCUCUCAACCAGGAUGGACUCAACGCCGUUUACCUUCAAUGGACACUGAAGACUUUGAAACCAUCCCAUCCAGCGCUGAGGAGCUAUCAAAUUCCUCUGAUGGAGAAGAGGACAGCAAUAACAAAAAUGGGGCGCCUGAGCGCUUUCAAGUGCAGCUGACGUACGAGGCACGUGAACCGCACGAGCUUUCGCUGGAGGCGGGAGAUGUAGUACAGUUUGUAGAGGAGGCCAAAAAUGGCCACUGGCUAGUCAAGAACCUAAUUACUCUGAAGACAGGGCUGGUCCCGCCCACUAUCCUGCAGUCUACAGCAGGAGGAGUGGACAUUUACAGUAACACUGACAUCUUCAGUGACCUGUGCACUGCGGCCCUUACGGACACAGAGGAGAUGGAGGAGAGUGUUGGACUGCUACAGGCCCAGGAGAACAGACUUGCAUGUUGAACAUGUGCAUGUGUCUUUUUUUUUGUUGUUGUUCUUGUUGCUGUCUUGCUACAGUGCCAUGCAUCCAUGAAGCGUGCAGGAUACUUCCCUGCUAAACCUCUGAGUUGGACAGAAUCCUGUGAAGCGCUAGAGCAAGCCUCACCAUUGUGGAAGAGCAGGGACCCUACAUUGCUGCUAUUCCUGGCCGCACUAACAAGAGAGUGCUUGAGCACUGAAAAGUAUUGCCACCAUUUUUUUUGCCUUCGGACUCUAGAGCAAAGACUCUGCUCCCAUUACUGAUGUGAUGCGUCGGAUGACACGGCAAAUCACCUGUCAUCGUUAGCUUUCAUUAGGUUAUCUGCUGUGCCUUAGCAGCAAAAACAUUAAUAUCUUGAAUUAAAUGUUCAAAGAGGUUCAUGGAAGACUUGAAAGCCAUGCAGUAUGUUUCUGAGGUGGCAUGCCGUCAGUUCAGACACAGGCCUGAUCAUUUCAUGAGGUUGAGAUAAAGUGAGAGAGAAAGAAGAAAAAAAAAGAAGAGAGAAAGACUCUGUUUUGUCCUGCUGAAAUUACUACUCAAAAAACACUGAAAUGGAAAAAAAUCGUAAGAAUAUUACGUUUUUGAUUCUGUUGGUCAGAAACUCAGCACUUUUAGAAUAAAAUAACAGUAUAUUAUGCGUAUUAUAUAAAAUUUGUAUACUUUUUUUAUAUAUGCUGACUUAUUUGUUACGUAAACAUUCAGUAAACAUUCAUUUCUGGUUGAUUUUAAAGCUACAUAUAAUCUUCCUAAAUUACUUUUUAGGAUCUCUCACAAAUCUCAGUCCAGGAUUAGCUUCUAAGCAUUAUUUUAUCUUAUCAUAUUUUAUCACUGUAGCACAAAUAUUCCAUCUGUACUGUAAGAACAGAAGAAUUUUGUCAUUGGAUUUGGAUCCAAUACAUUUUUCAUGUUGGGUAAACACCUGGUCAAGACAUAAAAUCAAAUGUAAAAGCAGCAGAUAAAUCAAUAAGUGUACUGUAUCAAACGCUGCCUUCAUAUUUUCAUAUUGUCUAGCAAGAACUGGAAACGCAAUGACAGCUUGUCACUGAAUGUAUAAUAGUCUCAUGACACUAAAUGUACCAUGUAAUAAGAAUGAAUGCUCCAAUUAUAACAUUUACAUUGAACAUGAAUUCAAAGAAAACCAAUCUGAAGGUUGACUUUUAAACUAGAAGGACUUUUGUCCCUUUUGACCAUAUUUCGGUAUUUUUUCUCAAUCCUGUUCAAUUGUUUAUUGAUGUAAAUUCUUAGCACAAAAAUGAAACGUGGAAUGCAGAGCUUAUUGCUGACAGCGUAUCAUUAUGUGAUGUUAUUUAUUAAGAAGACAAACUGAUGCUUUGACUAUUUCACAUGGUCAGUGUCGGCAGAAAGACAAGUAUGUAUUACUGGUCUACAUUUUUAAACAUACAAUUAAAUACAUGCACAGUAAAA